GUGAACAUCAUUUCCACACCUUUGGCACGUUCAAAAUACAAUCUGAGUGACCAAUUCUAAUUAUCACCAUUUUAUUUUCUUUGUGUUCACUACAAAACGAGAACAUCGUAAAAAAUACAUACAAAAACGAGUUAGUAAGUUUAAGAUCUCCAUUAAUUUAUUUUAAAUGAACAAAAGCAGCACACAGUGAAUUUAGUUGAAUAAAAAGAUGAUAAAUUCAUCAUUCGAGCACUCUCCAUCGGAUGGAGGUGUAGUAUUGAAAGUUGAACGACCAUUUUAUGAACAACACCAAUUUAACAGUGCAUUGGAUUAUAAAUCGAAAAAUGACAAGAAACCGGUUUGUUCAAAUCCAUUGUCUUGCUUGACAAAUUUUAACCCAGCAACACUUGUGAAAAGCAUGAUCCCGAUUUUAUCAUGGUUGCCACGAUAUAAGUUCAAAGAAGAUUUGGUCUGUGAUCUUAUCAGCGGUUUCACCGUCGGCAUAAUGCAUAUUCCGCAAGGAAUGGGAUACGCACUACUUGGAUCCGUGCCACCAAUUGUCGGAAUUUAUACGGCAUUUUUUCCGGUUUUGUUAUACUUUCUUCUUGGCACAUCAAGACACAAUUCAAUGGGCACAUUUUCGGUGAUUUCAAUCAUGGUUGGUAAGGUGGUUAUGAGGUAUGCACAAAAUCCAAGUGGAAACAUAACCAUGUUACACAAUUCAACAAGUAUUGGUGCUGAGCCACUGGAUCAUCCAGUAUACACUCCGAUGCAUGUUGUUUCGUCGUUGUGCAUAGUCAUGGCAGGCUUUCACCUAAUAAUGUAUGUGAUGCGAUUUGGUGUAUUGUCUUCAUUGCUAUCCGAAUCGCUGGUAUCUGGAUUCACCACGGGUGCCGCAGUUGGUGUGUUGACAUCACAAGUUAAGGAUUUAUUGGGCAUAAAAUUAACACCUGUCAUUGGAAAGUUUGAAAUUGUGUUGAAUUGGUACGAAGUAAUUUGUAAAAUUUUGGAUGGAUCAUGCAAUUCGGUGACGGUGGGCAUAUCGGUGGUGACGAUUACAAUUUUGUGGCUGAACAACGAAUGGCUGAAACCAAAAUGGAGUAAAUUUUGCAUUGUACCGAUUCCAAUUCAAUUGAUAGCCGCUGUCUCUGGAACACUGGCAUCACGAUACCUCGACUUGCACAAGAAUUUCAAUAUCACUACCGUAGGCGAUAUACCGACAGGCAUCCCCGACUUUCAAUUGCCAGAUUUUGAUCUCUCGCGCCAUUUAAUCGUCGAUGGCUUAAUUAUUGCAAUCGUUUCGUACGUCAUUUCUGUUUCGGUCGCAUUGACUUUUGCACAACGUAUGAGCUACGAAAUCGAUUUCAAUCAAGAGCUGCUAGCGCUUGGCACAGCGAAUAUUGUUGGUUCAUGUUUUUCAUGUCUUCCAUUAUGCGCAUCACUUUCAAGAUCAACCGUUCAAGUUUUGGCCGGUGGUCGCACGCAAAUCACAUCGAUUGUGUCUUGUUCAAUUUUAUUCUUUGUUUUACUUUGGAUUGGACCUUUUUUCGAAGUUCUUCCCAAGUGCGUAUUGGCCAGUAUAAUAGUUGUUGCAUUGAAAACGAUGCUUAUGCAAGUCGUGGAUUUCUUUAAAUUUUGGAAAAUUUCACGUUUAGACGCACUUAUAUGGAUGUCCACAUUUUUAGCAGUGGUCAUCGUUUCCAUUGACAUUGGACUGUUGGUUGGAAUUAUCUUAAGUUUGGCAUGUAUUUUUAUGAGGGCAAUGACUCCAGCUCGAUCUCUGUUGGGAAAUGUGCCAAACACUGACAUAUAUUUGGACAUAAAUCGCUACAAAGCGGCCAAAGAAAUCAAUUCAAUAAAGAUUUUCCACUACAGUGGCAGUUUGAAUUUUGCGUCGCGAUCAUCAUUGAAAAUGGAAUUGUGUUCUUUAAUUGGACUUGAUUUGCCAACAGAACUACGCAAUCUUUCAAAAGGAGUUAAAUGCAAUCAUCUUAAAUGUUUAAUCAUUGAUUUCGCCGCGUUAAGCUAUAUCGAUCCGUCCGGAGUUUCAACGCUAAAGCUCUUAAUUGAUGAUUUCAAUAAACUUUCGGUGAAUGUGUAUAUCGCGGGAGCAUCAUGUUCAACGUAUGAAAUGAUGAAGCGAUGCGGUUUAAAUGAAAGAUCCGAUGGUUCGUUCAAUUUCUUUCCCGCAGUUCAUGAUGCUGUGCAUCGAGCUAAGGAUAAUUUAAAUAAAAUAACCAAUAUUAUAACUGAAAUAUCUCCGAAAAACAUUGAUAAUAAUAUCGUACACACAUUGACCUUACCACCGGCAUCUGGUAUAUAUCGGACAAUAUCGAACACAUAAAUUAAUGCAACGAAAUCUUCCAGAAUUAAAAUUUUGUCAUAAGAAAAUGUGCAGCAUCUGGAAUGCAGCAGAAUUUUUAUUACACAUACAUUUCAACCGAAGCCAUAUAAAAAUACUCGCGUAAUCAAAACAGAAAAUUUGUGUCAUUGGAAAGCCGCCACAGCAGUAAAAUAUUGAGCGCUUGGAAUUAGUGUGAUGUUGUUUUUUUUGUUUACCUUAACUAUAGUUCAGUUAUCGAAAAGCAUCAAUCAAUUUCGGUUGCGUAGUAAAAGUUAUAAAAAAACCGCCGAAACUCGAUGCCAAAUUUGUGUUCUAUCAUUAAAUCUCGACGGUUUUUUCAUGAAUUUGACUACAUAAAUAGCAUAACAUAUUUCAACUAAACAGUCCGAAUCUACAAUCAAAUGAGCUUAUGUUUGUCGCAUUCAGUGAUGGGCAAAGAUACUUUAUCUGAGGUUAUCUAAACGUAAUUUUUGCUAUUUUCGUAUGAAAAAACCAGAAGAUACUGCAAGAUAAGAUAAAGAUAACGAGAUCUUUUAUCUUAUCUAGAUAGAAUUUUAAAACUUUUAAAAUAAUUAUCUGUUAUCUAAACUUUAGAUAGUAUCUUUACACAUCACUGGUCGCAUGAAUUUCGUUUACUGUUCUCCAAAAAAUUGUAAACAGU